AUGCUGUCUUCGCCUGCCAAUGCCGGCCCCUGGCCCACCACGUUCAUCGAGCAGGAGGAGGUCCCGCCACUCCUGCGGUGGAGACCUCCGGCUCUGCUCCGGCCAUUAGGGCAGCCAGCGGCGGCGGUGCCGCCAGCCGAGGCAGGCAGCAAGCGCAAGCGGCGCUCUGUGAGAGCAGAGGCACCGCUCGUCGAGAACGAGCCCGGCCUGUGUGACCGCAUGGAAGAGGCUCACGUGGCGCUGCGACGACGGCUUCUGGCCGAAGCGGGCGGCAAGCCAGCUGCUCAAUACCGCACUGCUGCUGCGACCGCCUCCGCCUCCGAGUUUUCGCCCGGCCGCGCUGCAGGUUUGAUAGCUGGCGAGCCUGAGCCUUUCUCUCUGGCGCAGCCGCAGCUUCCGCCCCUCGCGGAGCUGACUGAGCGGCAGCAGCGCUCCUCCCGCCGGCGCCGCUUCCGCGUCGUGCGGCUCUCUGGCGGCGGCGCGAGGGGGGGAGGCCGCGCCCACAGUCUUGCUCCGCCCCUCCUCUUCCACUCGCUGGUGCGGAACGCAACCGACUCGCCCGCAAGGCUCGAGGCGCUCGGCUGCGAGUGGCUGCUGCCCGCGCGCUCCAGCUUCAGCCUCUGCCGGCUCGCAUACUGGCCGCGCCUGUCGCGCAUCUUGCCUCGCUUCCGCUGCCUCGUCGUCGACCCGCCCUGGCCGUCGCGGUCGGUGCAGCGCGCGGGGGCGUACAAGGUGCUCGCGCUCGAAGAGCUGGCAGAGGCCCUCCGAAGCUUGCCCGCCCUCUGCGACCGGCGCGGCUGCCUGAUUUGCGUGUGGAUGACAAACGCCAUCAAGGUGCAGGAGAUGGUGGAGCAGACGCUGCUGCCCGCCUGGGGCGCCACCAAGGUCGGCCUCUGGUACUGGCUCAAGCUCUCGCCCGACGGCUCCCGUAUCUAG